UACGACUACAUAUUUACCCAUUUGAUGAAAAGAUAUCCACAGUACUUUGAGCUGAACGAGAAAGGGUCGUCGAUAUUGAACAAGAUCAAGGGCGAGUCUGUUCCAGCUAGCGCUGCCAACUUGAAACCGGAGGAAAUGCUAAGGUACAUUGCCACCAACAUAGAGGAGGACAUGCUUAUUUUGAUCAAGAACCCAGACACAGAGCAGUACGACGAGUACGUUCUUAGAGCAGCAGUCUCUCUAAUGCCUGCCGGAUUCAACCCUCUUGACAAAUUAAACCAACCGUUAACGACCAUCCAUGGCCCAGUACCAGGUUAUGUCCAGAAGCUACAAACAGCCAUGAACAAGUUCUUCACCAGGCUACAGGCACAUGAGUACUACGUCCGUAAUAACUGGUCGCUACAAACUCACACCAACCUCUGUGCUCCAACAGGUUCACACGCCACCAAAGAGGAAUCAGUCAAAAUUCAUCCUCUGUAUCCCAGCGACCUCGACUUUAACAAAUGCUUUUUCAGAGUCGAGAAGCAGUGUUUCACCAGACUUCCGAAGACGGGUGCAGAUUUGAUGUUCAUCAGGACAUACACCACCUCUCUGAUGCAAUUGAGAGAGCAUCUCACCCACGAGCAGAAGGAGAUUCUUUGCAGUGCUAUUGACGGUCUCACCGGCGACCUGGCCAUAUACAAGAAGAGAAUCCAAUGGGGAGAAGCAGCCAAGAGUUUUAUCCAGGGAGAAAGCAAUGGUUCUCAACCCAUUCCAAAAGAUUAUACAUUCGUUCACUGAGGAGCUCUCCCAAAACAGUAGUUUCCGCCCCCCCAACCCAUCAAAACAAUAUAUACUUUGUAUGUAAAACAGAUUUCUGUAAACAAUCGCAAUACCUAUC